GCAGGAUUAGACUGGAUGCUCUCCAGAGCUCCCUCUCAGCCCCGAGCACCCCGUGACUGUGGAGGACAGCGGCUGUUCGCAGCCCGCUGUGCUCAGCCCCCCCGAGCUGUGCAGCGGAACAACGGCGGCCCCGGGGCUCCUCUGAGGGCGCCGCGACCGCCCGCGCCUGCCCCGGCCCAGCCCCGGCCCCGCCCGCCCGUGCAGCCGCAAUCGCGUCCCCCGGCAACGCCGCGCGUCCCGCGGGGUCCGCCCGCCAGCCUGCGGCAGCGCCGCCGUCGCCUUCCGAGGGGCGCCGCGGGCCGGGCUGCUGCCCGAGGGGCUGCGCCGGCAGCUAUGCCCGCCUCUGAGGCCGUGCCGCAGCCGUCCCCCAGCAAGAGACAGAAGGGCUCAGGGCCUGGAGAGCCCUCCGCACGGCUGCGCUUCACCAAGCUGUCCGAGAAUGCCUUCGCCCCCUCCCGGGGCUCCGCGCGGGCUGCGGGUUACGAUCUGUACAGUGCCUAUGACUGUGUGAUACCACCCAUGGAAAAGGCUGUGGUGAAAACAGACAUUCAAAUAGCACUUCCUUCUGGCUGCUAUGGCCGAGUAGCACCACGUUCUGGUUUAGCUGCAAAGCACUUCAUAGAUGUUGGAGCUGGUGUUAUUGAUGAGGAUUACAGGGGAAAUGUUGGUGUGGUACUGUUCAACUUUGGCAAGGAGACAUUUGAAGUUAAGAAAGGGGAUAGAAUUGCCCAGCUCAUCUGUGAACGCAUUUAUUAUCCUGAGCUAGAAGAAGUUGAGGCUCUGGAUGAUACUGAACGUGGUGAAGGUGGCUUUGGCUCUACUGGAAAGAACUGAAAAUUACUUGAAUAUGCUUUCUAUUUUUGUUUUUUGUUAUACUAUUCCUAAAUUUUCAUCUGAAUUAGAAAUAUGAUUUCUGGAGUACAUGGAAUAUUUCAAGUUUUAUUGAGACUUCUCUGUAUCUAUCCUCCAGUGAAUUUGUCUGCAUAAUGAGGAAAUAUGCAUGACUGGCUUGACCAGCUAGUUGAUGUAUUAUUUUCUCUUUCAAGAUGUUUAGUCCUCAGCAAUAAGAACACAUUGUUUAUGUGGCAAUUAUACUGUAAUAAAUGAAAAAAUAACUUGAUGAUAUAUUUUAUUUUACUCACCUAAACUCCAA